AUGACACUUGUGGCACUCUUUGUAUCGGCGACGAAACUCGCCGGAAUUAUAGUUUCCGUCACCGUCGCCGCCAAUGCCUUUUCCUUCUCCCGGUUCCGAAAAAAGAACCUGAAGCCUUUUCGUUCUCCCAUCGACGAGUCUUCCAAUAUUCUUGCCGUAUUCAACGUCAAUCCGACCGCCGAGGGAGACAAAGGGUUCUUUUUCGGAUUAGCAACAGCACCUGCGCAUGUGGAAGACAGGCUCGAUGAUGCUUGGCUUCAGUUUGCAGAAGAAAGACCCUGUGACCAACCAGAGUCUCAGGAAGGCUCUAGACCAGUGGAUCCAAUAUUGGCUUCAGCUGCUGGGGAUGGUGGUUCUCAGCAAGCUUUUCCACCAGAAAGAGAAGCUAGUAAGACCAUCAAGAGAAAGAAGUCACUUAAGAUAGCUAUGGAAGCAAGAAUUAGAGGAAUUGAGAAAUUUGUAGAAAUGGAAGAACCGGCCUCAGCUGAAGAAUGUCAUCAUACCGUCGCCUCCUGGCAUAAUGUUCCACACCCGGAAGAGAGAUUAAGGUUUUGGUCUGAUCCUGAUACAGAACUAAAAUUGGCUAAAGAUACAGGUGUGCAAGUCUUUAGAAUGGGAAUAGAUUGGACAAGGGUCAUGCCUGAGGAGCCAGUGAGUGGUUCGAUAGCAACUGUCAACUUUGCAGCAUUGGAGCGAUAUAAAUGGAUCAUCAGAAGAGUUCACUCGUAUGGGAUGAAAGUAAUGCUGACAUUGUUCCAUCAUUCCUUGCCACCAUGGGCAGCAGAGUAUGGAGGGUGGAAGCUGGAAAAGACUGUUGACUAUUUUUUGGAAUUUACCAGGCUCGUUGUGGACACUGUAUCAGAUCUGGUGGACUACUGGGUGACGUUUAAUGAGCCUCAUGUUUUUUGUAUGCUCACUUACUGCGCCGGUGCAUGGCCUGGUGGUAAUCCUGAUAUGCUUGAGGUUGCCACUUCAGCUUUACCUACUGGUGUCCUUAACCAGGCCAUGCAUUGGAUUGCAAUUGCACACUCAAAGGCUUACGAUUAUAUCCAUGAGAAAAGCACACUCCCGAGCACACUUAUUGGAGUGGCACACCAUGUAUCAUUUAUGCGACCAUAUGGCCUCUUCGACAUUGCUGCUGUGUCAGUGGCUAAUUCAUUAACACUUUUUUCUUUCCUGGAUAGUAUUUCUGACAAGAUGGACUACAUUGGGAUAAACUACUAUGGACAGGAAGUGGUUUCUGGCACUGGAUUGAAACUCGUUGAGACUGACGAGUAUAGUGAAUCUGGACGUGGGGUGUAUCCUGAUGGCUUGUUCCGCGUGCUACUACAUUUUCACGAAAGAUAUGAACAUCUUGGUGUGCCAUUUAUAAUUACUGAAAAUGGUGUAUCUGAUGAGACAGAUUUGAUCAGGAGACCUUAUCUGCUGGAACAUCUAUUGGCAACUUAUGCUGCGAUGAUCAUGGGUGUUCCUGUCCUUGGAUACCUGUUCUGGACUAUAUCUGACAACUGGGAAUGGGCUGAUGGCUAUGGUCCAAAAUUUGGACUGGUUGCAGUUGAUCGUUCCAAUAAUCUUGCGCGGCUUCCACGUCCAUCAUAUCAUUUGUUCUCGAAAGUGGUGACCUCGGGGAAGAUUACUCGCCUAGAUAGAGCACGUGCAUGGCAUGAACUUCUAAGAGCUGCUAAAGAAAAGAAAACAAGGCCAUUUUAUCGAGCAGUUAAUAAACAUGGUUUCAUGUAUGCUGGAGGCCUUGACAAACCAAUAAUGCGGCCUUAUAUAGAAAGAGACUGGCGAUUUGGACACUAUGAAAUGGAAGCUCGAAUUAAGUGCAUGAUAAUAACGACCGUUCAGCGAGAUCUCGAAAGGAGAUCUCCAUAUGGCUUUCGAAGGCUUUGA